AUGCUUGAGUCAGGAGAUUACGGCGAAAAAAGAGGAACGGACAUUAUUGCGAUUGAUAUUGGAACGACAGCAAUUAAGGCUUGCCUGUACGAUUCACGUUGCCGACUCGUUAGCUAUUCCAAAGAAUCAAUUAGUGUCCAGUUUAAAGGUGCCACUGAGGAUGGUCUUCGCGCAGAAAUUGAUCCUGAUAUUCUUUGGAAUCAGUUGGUUACAUUGGUUUCUGAACUUUUGAAUAAGACAAACCGUGAUGCACGAGCAGUAGUUGGUAUGGGAAUUAGCUGCCAAAGGAAUACAUUCAUUUGUUGGAAUAAGGAAAACGGAAAACCCUGUCAUCGACUAGUUACUUGGAAAGAUUGUCGUGCACGGGAGGAAUGUAAGAAGUGGAACAAUUCGUGGUCUAUAAAAGCGAUAAAUUUAAUUGGUUAUAUCUUGCACAAACUAACGCGGUCUGCAAGAUGUAUGGCUGCUCGAAUAUUCUCCUUUUUAAAUGCGAUGGUGACUCAUCGUUUUUUAGUCACUCUUGCUGAAAAUGCGGAAAUGCAACGACUGCUUAAGCAAGGAAAACUAGCCUUUGGUUGUCUCGAUACUUGGUUAAUAUACAAACUUUCUGGUGGUGUCGUUUGUGUUAGUGAACCUUCUAACGCAAGUAGUACAGGAUUGUUUGAUCCUUACACGAUGGAGUGGGGCUACAGCUUAUUGCAAUUCCUUUCCUUUCCUACAUCAGUUCUUCCACGUCUUUCGUUUUCUGCUGGAGUGACGCUUGCUGUUACCGAUAAGAAGUUAUUUGGCGCUCCGAUUAUUGUAGCUGCUGCCGCAGGUGAUCAGCAAAGUGCUCUAUUUGCUUGUGGUUGUUGGAUAGAAAAUAAUAUUGUAGUUUCACUUGGUACUGGAUCCUUUGUCGACGUCAAUACUGGCGCAUCACCUCACUCUUCUCUUAAAGGUUUAUACCCCUUGGUCGGGUGGAAAUUUCCGAAUUCAGUGAAAUUUGUUGCGGAAGGAUGCUCUCAGGAUACUGCAAUAAUUUUGCGUUGGGCAGAAUCUAUCGGCUUAUUUGAAGAUAUCACAGUUACUUCACGAAUGGCUCAAAGUUGCUCGAUUUCUGGCUUGUACUUUAUUCCCGCGUUCUUUGGUAUCCAGACUCCACUAAAUGACGAUACUGCAUGCUGUGGUUUCUUGGGCAUUCGUCCAGACACUACUAAAGAGCAGAUGGUCCGCGCAAUGCUUGAGUCUAUUGCAUUUCGAAUCUAUCAAAUAUGGAAAACGGUUAACGACGAAAUCGGCACUUGCUCUACGGAAUUUGUUAGAUGUUGUGGUGGUGUAUCGAUGAAUGAUUUUAUUUGUCAAACAAUUAGUACUCUAAUCAGACUUCCGUUACAAAGAAUCACCAGUCCAAGUUUUGCCUCCGCAUGUGGUGUUGCUAUGAUGGCAGGAAUCACAUGUGGUUUGUGGAAGAAGGAUGACUUGGAUGAUCUGAUUGAUAUUGAAAAGACUUUUGUUCCAGAUUUUUCCAUUCGCAAGAGAUUACUGCACGAUUUUAAAAAGUGGGAAGCAGCCAUGCAGAGAUGUCUCCAUUUUUACGACACCUAA